AUGUCUGGGAACUCGUCGAUGAUGAGUGCUCUUUCUGGGUUCUCAUUGGGCAGCACUCGACGAAGGAGACAGCGGCAACAAACGGAGGAGCCCGAGCUGAGCUUCGGCGAUCUCAUUCCUCCCCUUCCUUCCAACAACGCCGACAGCCGUAGGUGGACCGUCAAGCGAUACAUCAUUCUCUGUGCGUCGGUGGCGGCCGUUCUCAGUCUGCUGACAGUGUCCGUGAGCGUCACCACUGUCGCCGUCAAACACACCGUAUCCAAAAGAUUACAGAUCGUCAACGACACGAAGCCAGCCCAACGUAUCACCCAGUCGGUGAACAAGAGCGACGAAGUGGGCCCCUGUGAUAACUUCUACACUUACACCUGUGAGGGCUGGCUGAAAGACAACCCCGUCGUAGCAGGAGCAGCCCGCACUUCGUACAGCCUCGAGAUCACGGAGCGAGUAGAAGCCGGCCUGAUGUCGUUCAUCGAAGCCGAGAGCACCGGGCCUGUGGGUGAGAAGACACCGCACAACAUGUCCAUCAUCAAAAAGCUUGUCAACUUCAUACGAGGCUGCGAACAGAGAGAAAGUAUGGUGGACGUCGGUGUGCGGCCACUUAAGCGGGUGCUUGCUGAGUUGGGCCUGCGCACGUGGCCAAGCGUGCGCGCAACUGAACCGGCCGUCGAGAUGGUCGCGGGACUUGUCACCAGGGCACUCGGCGAGCCCACCAUGUUCUCAGUCUCAUACGGACCUGAUCUCGCCAACCAAUCACGCAACAUCAUCACGGUGGAUCAACCAGCGUUGUCUAUUCGCCGAGGUCACCUGCUGGGCAACCCGCGAAACCUAGAGGCGUACCGCGUAAUCGUCAGACAAGCCAUGAAGCUCACCAAGCCUCAGGAGCAGCUCGAUGGGCUCGCUGGUGACGUCAUGAACCUAGUGCAUCGCAUUGCCAGGUCAACAAAAACUGCGAAAGAAAGACUGAAAAUCGGCUCUCACUUUCUGCGAGAAAGAAUGGACAGCCUUCAAGCGAAGACAAGGUGGCAUUGGGCGAAGUUUCUCAACACCAUUUUCGAUGGAGUCACUAAGGUAAGCGACAGAGACUACAUUCGAGUCAAGACGCCUUUCUACGUCGGCCACAUGUCGCGCAUUCUCAACACUGUAUCAAGUGCCACGGUGUUCAACUACGUGGGCUUCCGUGUGGUGUUAGCGCUGUCUCCCCUACUGUCCGAGGAGUUGGCCAGUGAAGCGGCCCGGCUUCGGCUUAGGCGACGCUUUGAGUCCCGCGGCGAGGCAGCCAGCCGUCAACGCGUCUGCCUCCACAUGGCGGAAGAGGCGAUGCCCCUGGUCUUGCUGCACGUUUACGCAAUGGUCUUCAACAAGGUAUACACGCCCAGCGUUGAAAAGGUAAUUUACACUGUCGAAAGCAUACGCUACUUCAUGAAGGCCUUUGUCGAGCAAGCACACUGGAUGGAGUACUCAUCGAAAAUGGCAGCUAAGUACAAGCUGAAGGCGAUGACUGUGAACAUAUUUUAUCCCCUCUGGAUCAUGGAUGCCGACAGGAUCGGAAAAAUCUACGCUACGGUAUGUUGA